AUGGCGGACAUCACCGAUCCUUCUGCCGGUCUCGAACAUCCCUCACCUGGCGACGACCUUGCCGGCAAUGGCGUCGACUCCCGAGGCACCAAACGACCAAGAGCAUCCAUGGCCGGGGAAGACGAUGAUGAUGACGAUGAAAAGGGAGGACGAGAGCGCAGAAAGAUCGAGAUCAAGUUCAUUCAAGACAAGUCGCGUCGCCACAUCACAUUCUCCAAGAGAAAGGCCGGCAUCAUGAAGAAGGCUUACGAGCUGUCCGUGCUCACCGGGACUCAAGUCCUCUUGUUGGUUGUCUCAGAAACCGGUCUUGUGUACACCUUCACCACUCCCAAACUGCAGCCUCUGGUCACCAAGGCCGAAGGCAAGAAUCUCAUCCAGGCAUGCUUGAAUGCUCCAGAACCCUCUGGCAACGAGAACGGCGUCGAUGCCGCUGACGAUGUCGCGUCACCUGACGAUGUUCCCUCCAUGCCGCCGGCCGCUGCCGGCGUUCCCCGACCCGCACCUCAUACUGGGUAUGGCAUGACUCCAGAACAACAGCAGCAAGCCCUGUAUUACCAACAACUCCAACAGCAAAAUCAAAGCGGCCAGUAUGGCGGUAUGCCCCAAAUGCCUCAACAUCAACGCGCAUAA